AUGGCUGCGAUUCGCAAAGCUUCUCACGCCGGGAGCUGGUACACCGAUGAUCCGGAGGAGCUCGAUGCGAGUCUCUCCGAAUGGCUCUCCGAUGUCGAAGACUCCACUCUGCCUUCGCCGCUCUCAGUCUGCUCGACAUCCGCCUCCAGCAGCAGCACACCGCUUCCACUUCCCGUCCCUGCAAGUCGAGCCAUCAUCGCACCUCAUGCCGGCUAUUCGUACUCCGGUCCAGCUGCAGCCUACGCCUAUCGAACCAUCGACACCUCUUCCAUUCGCAAUGUAUUCAUCCUUGGCCCUUCUCACCACGUCUACCUCGACGGUUGUGCGGUCUCUGCAUGUUCGGCGUACGAGACACCGUUAGGUAAUUUGCGGAUCAACCGCGAGAUCACGGAAGAACUGAAAGCUACCGGAAAGUUCUCCACAAUGUCGAAGAGCGAAGACGAAGAUGAACAUAGCAUCGAGAUGCACCUCCCCUACAUCUACAAGGUGUUCGAAGGCAAAAACAUCCAGAUUGUGCCGAUUUUGGUCGGUGCCAUCAAUACGAGCAAGGAGAACGAAUUCGGCAAGCUGCUGGCGAAGUACGUGGAGGAUCCCAGCAACUUUUUCGUCGUCUCGAGCGAUUUCUGCCAUUGGGGAUCCAGGUUUCGUUACACGUACUACAAGCCUUCAGGAUCGAGCCUCGCGACGAACCUGACGUCACGAUCUUCGAGGGACAUGUUGGAGUCCAAGCCGAUCCACCAGAGCAUCCGAGAGCUCGACGAAGCAGGCAUUCUCGCCAUCACCCAUCCUUGGUCCCAGGAUGGAGAGAAGACGGCGGAACAGGCGAGGUUGGCGUUUGCAAAGUACCUCAGCGAGACCAAGAACACGGUCUGUGGGAGACAUCCGAUCGGUGUACUGCUGAGCGCGUUGGCAGAGUUGGAGAGGUCAGGGAAGAGGUCAGAGGCCAGGUUCACGAGGUACGAACAGAGUAGCAAGUGCAUGACCGCGCACGACUCGUCGGUCAGCUAUGCGUCGGCGUUUGUUCGCUUCCGCGAGUGA